AUGCACGUGCUGGUCGUCGAAGACGACAUCGAGACCGCCCGCUAUCUGCAGAAGGGCCUGAGCGAGAGCGGCCACGUGGUCGAGCUCGUCCACGACGGGGCGGACGGGCUCUCGCUCGCGUUGGACCACCGCUUCGACGCGCUCGUGGUCGACCGCAUGCUGCCGGGCCUCGACGGCCUCGCGCUGAUCGAGACGCUGCGCCGCAAGGGCCGGCGCACGCCGGUGCUCAUCCUCAGCGCGCUCGCCCAGGUGGACGACCGGGUCGAAGGGCUCAGGGCCGGCGGCGACGACUACCUGACCAAGCCCUUCGCCUUCUCCGAGCUGCUGGCGCGGUUGGAGGCGCUGCUCAGGCGCGCCGACAGCGCUGGCGGCGAGACCCGCCUCGGCCUCGCCGAUUUGGAGGUCGACCUGCUCGCCCGCACGGUGCGGCGCGCGGGGCGCGAGAUCGUUCUGCAGCCCCGCGAGUUCACACUGCUCACCUAUUUCAUGCGCCACGCAGGCCAGGUUGUCACACGCACGAUGCUGCUCGAACAUGUCUGGGGCUACCACUUCGACCCGCAGACCAACGUGAUCGACGUUCAUGUGAGCCGGCUGCGCGGCAAGAUCGACAAGGGCUUCGACACGCCCCUGAUCCACACCGUGCGCGGCGUCGGGUAUUGCUUCCGUGCCGACGGCUAG